UUAUGAGUAUCUCAAAUUGGUAAAACACUUUCCGCAGCGUGGAGCGCAUUAAGUUGCACUUCACUGCGAAAAUUUAAAUCUUUUCAUGAGUAAAAAUAAUAAUUUGGACAAAAAUCUCUGUGCAGUUUUAUUAGAAUAAGUUAAUUUUCGAUUAAAGUUUUUCAGAAAUUAAGGAUAUUCACUGAAAUUCCUUAAAAAACACUUUUUCGUAUCCUCUUUUCUCAAUACAAAGUGUCAAUAGUGGAAUAUUUAGUAGAUAGUAUUCAUCCCAGUUGAGCAAAGAAAUACAAUUUGUGUUUAAUAAAAGUUUUAAGUAUCGGAAUAAAGAAAUCGAGAAAAGAAAAAAAAAACUCAACAUGGGUACAGUGCUCAGUUUUAGUCCUCGAGAACGGCGCCCCGUUUAUUCAGCCAACCACCAUAGUCACCAUUUUCAUCGCCAUCAUCCCAAUAGUGUCGAUAAUGGAAAUAAUCCUAGCAACGAAAGGUCAAUAGAUUCAUCGAGUGCACCUGACUUGCCGCUUAACAAUUUUUCUUAUGAACAAUUGAACAAUGCAAAAAAUCGAGAAAAUACAAAACCAAAUUUUUCCCAACAGUUAUCUAAUAAUAAUUUAAAUCAAUAUAAUAAUAAUGAAAAUAACAAUUCCGUACUUGAACAAACCCACAAUGUUCAUACCAAUAACAAUAUUAAUAACAUCAUCAACAAUAAUAAUAGCAUUAACAACAACGUUAGUCAUAUCAAAUCAUCAGAACGUAAUAUUGAUAGUUCUCGCAUUUUAUCCGAAAAAAAUGCUUUGGAAAAAAAUUUAAGGAAACACUCACUGUUCAUUAACGCCUUGUCCUGGAAACGAUUGGCAGCAUCUCAUAGCAGAAAAAAAUUAGACAACAAUAAAAAUAAAGCUACCAAUUUUCCAGCAGCCAACCUUAAACCGUCCAUUGUAGGAGAUACAUUACAUCACAUACAGGUUGACAAGAAUAAAAAUGCUCAGCAAAAAUUACAGGAAAAACAACAGUUUCAAGAAUCUCAGGACCAGGCUAAUAUUCAACAUAGCCUUGGGCAUCAGAAUCAACAAAGACAGAUAUUUUAUACUCCUGGUACUCCUAAAAGUAUAUUCUUGGCAUUGGACUUGGUGCGGGCAAACAAUACAAACUCGACACAUUUACAGAAUAAAUUGGCUCCAAAGUUUCCAUUGUCACUUCCAUUACCACAACCCUUAAAGAGCUCUAGACCUUCAGCUCAACACAACCAAACUGGAGCUAGGAAAACCGUUAUACAGGCAUCUACAUCAGAACUGCUCAAAUGCCUUGGAAUGUUUUUACAUGAACGCUGUAGAAAAUUGAGAAAGUUUGAAGCUUGUGAUGCAGUUAUGUGGCUACGUUCUGUGGAUAGAUGCUUGUUGUUACAGGGAUGGCAGGAUGUUGCUUUUAUUAAUCCAGCAAAUGUUGUAUUUGUAUAUAUGCUUGUAAGGGAACUAGUGGAUGGAGAUGAAACAAAGGAAUGCGAACUGCAAGCGACAGUACUGACAUGCCUUUAUCUAUCAUACUCAUACAUGGGUAACGAGAUAAGUUACCCCCUUAAACCAUUUUUGGUUGAGGAAUCAAAGGAAAAAUUUUGGGACAGAUGUCUUCUAAUUGUUAAUAGACUUAGUGGCGAAAUGUUGCGCAUUAAUGCUGAGCCAGGCUUUUUUACAGAAAUAUUUACAGAGCUUAAAUCAUGUGGGGUAUGUUCCAGAAAAAAAUUACCAAAUGAUAUUUCAAAUUGCACAGCCUGACAUAAAUACUCUCAAGAAGUUGUAGUUCGACUCUCAGCUGCCGGAAAAAUGCAAAAUUGCCAUCAUCGUGCUACUCUACAGGAGCUGGCAACUGUUGUUUAGAAAUGAUAUUUAUGUUAAUUAUUUAAUUUCAAAAGAACAAUCGAAAUGAAAAAAUAAAAAACAUAAUCUAGAGGUCUAAGUCGUGAAAUCAAAUAACAUACCUACUCAUACUUAAUAACAAAUACUUCAAAAUAUAAAUAUUACCAUUUUCUUCAUAUUAUACACACUAUAAAGAAUCAAACUGAGGGCAUAUUAUAUUAAAUUUAUGUGUAGUUUAUUUUGAGUAAACAUUAACGUUUAGUCUUACUGAAAAUACCGGAAUAAAUUUAAAAAAAAAAUUGUAACACGUAUAUGCAUACUUCCGGUAACUUUGGACUUAAAAUUGAUAUUAUCCCUGUUCCUUUGGAAGGUGGAAAAGUACUACUAGUAGUUCCGAUUUUCAACGGAACGCACUUUCAACGAAUUUAAUACAAAUCGCAUCUACUAGUACUAGAUUAACCAAAACAUCUACUAUUACUAGAUCCCACCUCCAAGGGAACAGGGCUAUUAGCAAAACAUCAUUAGAAACGAAUUAAUAAAAAUAAUUAAAAAAAACGUA